AUGGCUGUCGGUCCAACUAUCGGCACCGGUCUGUUCAUCGGUGCGGGCCAGGCUCUCGCCGUCGGCGGACCUGCGUCGUUGUUCCUGUCCUAUAUCAUACUGUCCUUCCUCACAUUCGCCAUGACCACGAGUAUGGCAGAAGUGUCCACUCACAUGCCCUCACGAUAUGGGACCCUUGUGACCAACAGUUACCUGUAUAUGUCAAGCGGUGUGGCAUUCGCCUCAUCAUACCUCCGCUGGUACACCCUCGCCAUGUUCGUCCCAUACGAGAUCACAACAGCAAUGGUCAAUCUUGGCCUGUCCAAACCAGGCGCCACGAUCGCUAUCCGCUUGAUCAUUAUCACAACCAUCAUCGUUGGCUUCAAUUUCUUGCCGGACAGGCUGUUCAGAAGCUCCGAGCGAUUGUUCACUAUGAUCAAAAUCGGUACAAUGGUGACUCUCUUCGUCCUGGCCCUGUCCAUAGGUCUUGGGGGCGUCGAUGGGCACACUCGCUGGGGAUUUAAGUACUGGAAACAUCCGGGCGCCAUGAAUGAAUACAUCGUUCACGGUUUCUGGGGAAGAGUGCUUGGAUUCUUUCAAUGCCUACUUGAUAGCUCCAUUGCCUUCACCUUUGCCCCCGAGCUGAUUGUGCAUCACACCGAAGUGCCUGCAUCAGUUGGCGGGUCAAUACUUCUGGGUACCGCUAUUCCAGGCAGUGUGUCAUCCGACGUUGUCCAAACUGCGUUUCCGUAUAUCAUGAGUUCUUUGGCUAUGGGGAUCAUGGCACCAUUCAACGAAACCCGCUUAACCAACAAUGGAACGGGCUCCGGGUUGUCGCCAUACACGAUCGGAUUCAAAGACGCUGGCAUUCAGAUUGUAUCCACCCUUGCUACGAUCGCAAUUCUCCUCUCUUCGGUGGCUUCGGGCCGAUCGUUUCUGUACCUCUCAUCCCGCACCCUGUGUGCCAUGUCAGAGCAAGGCCAUGCUCCGUCGGUGUUUUCGAUUCGCAAUCGUUGGGAUGUUCCCUAUGUUGCUGUUGCAGGAUCUGCUUUAUUCUCCACUCUUGCCUUCAUUUCCGUAAAGGUCCCAAGUUCAAUCAUGAAUAGCUACCUCCUUCGUAUCGUCACGAGCGGCGGCUUCAUUUCCUCCUUAGUCGGAUGCACAAUCCACCGUCACUUCCAUCGACGUCUGCGUGCCAACAGAAUCACUACUCCACGCCGCUUUCCCGUGCAAUCAUUCGGCACCUACUUUGGAAUAGUCGUCUCUGCGGCACUGCUGCUGGCAGGCGGUCUGUGGGGAGGUCCCAAAGCCAACGUCACUGGGACCCGAGCAGCUAGAGUGAUCACCUCUUACACCAACAUCGGAGUGUUUGGUCUGCUGUUCUUGCUUCAUCGCUUCCGAGGCUUCAUGCCUAUUGUUGAAGUCGAACGACCGAUCGAUAUGGAGGGACGGAGACAUGGCGAUCGCGAAGGCCCGGAGGUACAACCACACAAGACGCCUUCGAACCGUGGCAACCUUGAUGCAAUCCCCGAGGGUUCGGGUGCCUUUGAGUUGCGACUCAGUCACAUGUCCACGGAGCCCUGA